AUGGCGAGCCGCAUCUCAUGCCUCGUGCUGACACUUGCUGCCCUGCUGGCGGCAGUCUGCACCUUCUCCUCCAUUCUGCCCAAGUCUGAGGCAUUUGUCUCUCAGGCGCCGCAGCUCCGCAGCCGGAACACUGCUCUUCAGGGUGAGCGCAUGCCUGGCCGAGAUCGCCAGCCCACGGACUUGGAUGAGCAGUACGGCAAGCCUCCGCCCACCGAGACGCCGCAGUUUGCCACCUCCAACCUGAUUUUCAACAUCGCCUCCGUCCUGGCGCUGCUGGUCUUGGGUUUUUUCAUUGUGGACAUUGGAGCAGUGAAGAUGGAGUAUGCUUCCUAUGGCGUCUACAAGGAGAAGAUGAAAGACUUGCUGCGCCCUAAUGUGGAGACUCUGCGAGUGAAGGAGCUGCCUCAGCGGGGCCUUUUUGUCGACGGCCUUUCCCGUGAGUAUGUCACCUGCCCGGCUGACGUGAUGAGCGUGAUCCGGGCAGGCUUGCGAACGCGGGUCGUCGGCAAGACUCGCUGCAACUUGCACUCCUCGAGAUCCCACGCCAUUUUUGUCCUCCAUGCGGAGCAACGCUCGUUGCAAGGAGAGGAGAGACUCGGGAAGUUGACGCUGGUGGACUUGGCCGGCAGCGAGAAGGUGUCGAAGAGCGAAUCUGUGGGCGAGACGCUGGAGGAAGCCAAGAAGAUCAACUGGUCCUUGAGCGCCUUGGGCAAAGUCAUCGAUGCGCUGGUGGAGCAAAGGUCCCAUGUGCCGUACCGAGACUCCCAGCUGACCCGGGUACUGCAGGAGGCCUUGGGCGGGAACUGCCGCACCACCCUCUUGGUGGCCGCCUCCGGCUGCGCCCAGCACGCCGAUGAGACUCUGUCGUCCUUGCGCUUUGCAACUAGAGCCAAGAAUGUCCGGAACGUGGCCAAGGUGAACUACACUUUUUCGCAAGAGCAACUGCUGCUGGUGGUGGCAAAGCUACAAAAGCAGCUGAUGAGUGGCGCUCUUGGCUCGUGA